CAAGCUUUGAAAAAGAAACUAAAGUUUUUACUCAUAUCGUUGGCUGGAAAUAUAUAUUACACAAACUACUAUAAUUUACAAUAGUUACAUUACAUUUGAGCAAUGGCUGAUGGAUUGAAUUUUACGGUGGUUCGGUGGUUCGAGUUUCCGCCAGGUGCUAUAGAAUACUCCAGUACUGAGGGCUACCCAAGUUCCUCGGAGGUCCCUCUACCAAGUAUCCUGAUGUCGGGCAUCAUGGUCCUUGGUCAGAUGAUCUGGUUUAGAUUGAGCUCCAAGUGGGGAACAGUGAAAGGAAGCGAUCUAAGGCGGAAAUCCCGGAAUGAUGUAAUCUCGCGUCAAAAGCAGCAAACACGUCCAUUGAUUGAAAGUAUUUAAUGCUCGUGUAAAACACUGCUUUAUUUGGAUCUAUAAAGAAUAUACUUCCGGAGUGUAUUUCAUUUUGCAUCGUGGUUUCGAAACAA